AACUGGAUAGAGCAGCAACACUCGUUAAACAAAGAUAAACUUUUCUGGAAGUCGCCGGCCGGCUCCGCCUCCUCCGCCUCCUCCGCCGCCGUUCCGAAUGACGACGCUUUUAAAAUGCUACAAGCCUUUGCUUCCCUUCCAAAGCCGUAAAAUGCACAUUGCCGCCGCCGUCAAUAGUUUCAGGUACUAUUCGAGAAGCCGACUUAGGGCUAGGUGCCUGAGUACAAUCGGAAAUUCAAAGUCAACGGUGGAUAUAAAAGUGGUUAACGGUGAAGGAACUGAGACUGAAUUGAGGAAGCAGCAACUAUGGUUACACAAUACAAUGAGCAAACAAAAGGAAUUAUUUAUACCAAAAGUGCCGGGAAAAGUUGGAAUGUACGUCUGUGGUGUAACGGCGUAUGAUCUCAGCCAUAUCGGCCAUGCUCGCGUUUAUGUUUCCUUUGAUGUUCUAUAUAGAUACCUAAAUUAUUUGGGAUAUGAAGUCAAGUAUGUUCGCAACUUUACUGAUGUUGAUGACAAGAUUAUUGCUAGAGCAAAUGAGCUGGGUGAGGAUCCAAUCAAAUUAAGCAGACUCUUCUGCGAAGAGUUUCACCAAGACAUGACUUAUCUUCACUGUCUUCCUCCUUCAGUGGAACCUCGUGUGUCUGAUCACAUGCCUCAGAUAAUCGAUAUGAUUCAGCAGAUUCUCGAUAAUGGUUGUGCUUACAGAAUCAAUGGUGAUGUCUACUUUUCUGUAGACAAAUUCCCAGAAUAUGGAAUAUUAUCUGGCCGAAAAUUGGAAGAUAAUAGGGCAGGAGAACGUGUAGCAGUAGACACAAGGAAGAAGCAUCCAGCUGAUUUUGCCUUGUGGAAAACUGCUAAGGCGGGAGAACCUUUCUGGGAGAGUCCCUGGGGUCCAGGAAGACCUGGAUGGCAUAUUGAGUGCAGUGCCAUGAGUGCUGCAUACUUGGGAUAUACUUUCGACAUUCAUGGUGGGGGGAUGGAUCUCGUGUUUCCUCAUCAUGAAAAUGAAAUUGCCCAGAGCUGUGCUGCUUGUAGGGAGAGCAACAUAACUUAUUGGAUACACAAUGGAUUUGUCAACAUUGACUCUCAGAAAAUGUCAAAGUCACUAGGAAACUUUUUCACAAUUCGGCAGGUGAUUGAUCUUUAUCACCCAUUGGCACUUAGGCUUUUCUUAAUUGGGACACAUUACAGAUCUCCAAUCAAUUACACGAUUGUACAGAUUGAGAGUGCAUCUGACCGCCUUUUUUACAUAUAUCAGGCAUUAUAUGAUUGUCAAAUUCUUUCCACCCAGCAUGAUGAGGCAAGUUUGAAGGAUUCUAUUCCUGCAGAAACUGCUAAUUGUAUAAAUAAAUUCCAAGAUGAAGUUUUAUCUUCAAUAUCAGAUGAUCUUCACACUCCUGUUGCACUGGCAGCAAUGUCGGAUCCACUGAAGUUGAUCAAUGAUCUCUUGCAUACACGAAAGGGUAAAAAGCAAGCAUUGCGGAUAGAGUCAAUUGCGGCUUUAGAGAAUUCUAUAGGGAAUGUUCUAGCAAUUCUGGGGCUUGUGCCAGCCAGUUAUGCAGAGGCUUUACAUGAAUUGAGGGAGAAAGCUUUGAAGCGUGCAAAGUUGACUGACGAUCAAGUUCACCAGAAAAUCGUAGAGAGGGAUACAGCACGUAAAAAUAAAGAUUAUGAUAGAUCGGAUGUAAUUCGAAAAGAUUUGGCUGCUGUAGGUAUUGCUUUGAUGGAUAGCCCUGAAGGCACUACAUGGAGACCAGCUUUUCCUCUUGCAUUGGAAGAAGAGCAGGUUACAGUCCCUUGAAAUUUCUCACAUAUUUGCAAUAACCUACCAUGUUGUGCAUAUCAAUUUUGCAAAAUGAUGUAUUUUUAGUUCCAUUCUUAAGUAAGAAAAGUUUUGGUUGUAACAUCUUGGAGAAGCAAAGUAAAUUUUGUAGAGUUGCAAUGCAAAAUGGGAAGGCCUUUAUUUGAUUCAAA